CGAUAAACAUUGUCACAGAGUGAGUCUAAAGUAGGACAAUAAAGGGAUCACGGUAUCAAUGCUCGAACAAUGGACUUAGCAGAUAUGAUUCUCGUCAAAUUCCUCUGUUUCAUCUACUUAAUAAAUUACACCCAAGGUUACCAUUAUGGGAACCCCCUGAACAAGUAUGUGCAUCACUAUGAGGGUCUCUCCUAUAACACCUAUGAGAUACAUGACAAGCACCUGAGAGCCAAGAGGGCCCUCCACCACCAAGACAAGUUUCUCCAUUUAGACUUCCAUGCACACGGAAGACACUUCAACCUGAGGAUGAGGAGAGACACCAGUCUCUUUGCGGAGGACCUGAAGGUUUCCGUAGGAGGCCAGGAGGUGAUCUAUGACACCUCUCACAUUUACACAGGAGAAAUAUAUGGUGAAAAGGGCACACUGAGCCAUGGUUCGGUGGUGGAUGGCAAGUUCGAGGGCUUCAUCCAGACGUACCAGGGGAAGUUCUACGUAGAGCCAGCGGAGAGAUACCUGAAGGACCGGGACGUUCCCUUCCACUCUGUUAUCUACCACGAGGACGACAUCAACUAUCCCCACAAGUAUGGUCCGGAGGGGGGCUGUGCCGACCACUCAGUGUUUGAGAAGAUGACAAAGUACCAAGCCACUGCCAUAGAGAAGCCAGACAAGGCGCUCCAUUCUGAGGAGGCGUCCAGUGACCCGGUGUUGCUGAGGAAGAGGAGGAUGGCUCAGAUAGAAAAGAACACCUGUCAGCUUUUCAUCCAGACAGACCACCUCUUCUUCAAGUACUACAAGACCAGGGAAGCUGUUAUCGCACAGAUCUCUAGUCACGUCAAGGCUAUAGAUGCCAUCUACCAGGGAACAGACUUCAUGGGCAUCCGUAACAUCAGCUUUAUGGUCAAGAGGAUACGGAUCAACACCACUACAGAUGAGCGGGACCGGUCCAACCCAUUCCGCUUCGCUAACAUCGGCGUGGAGAAGUUCCUGGAGCUGAACUCUGAGCAGAACCAUGACGACUACUGUCUGGCCUAUGUCUUCACUGACAGGGACUUUGAUGAUGGUGUCCUGGGCCUGGCCUGGGUCGGAGCUCCUGCAGGGAGUUCUGGAGGGAUCUGUGAGAAAAGUAAGCUGUACUCUGACGGGAAGAAGAAGUCCCUGAAUACCGGCAUCAUCACAGUGCAGAACUACGCCUCUCACGUCCCUCCUAAAGUCUCACACAUCACCUUCGCACAUGAAAUAGGACACAACUUUGGCUCGCCUCAUGACUCGGGGUCAGAGUGCACCCCGGGGGAGUCUAAGACCCAGGAUAAGAAGGAGAAAGGGAACUACAUCAUGUACGCCCGGGCCACAUCAGGAGACAAACUCAACAACAACAAGUUCUCCGUCUGUAGUGUCAGGAACAUCAGCCAGGUCCUGGAGAAGAAGAGGGGAAGCUGCUUUGUCGAGUCAGGCCAGCCCAUCUGUGGUAAUGGGUUAGUGGAACCAGGGGAGGAGUGUGACUGUGGAUACAGCGAUCAGUGCAGAGACCAGUGUUGCUAUGACGCCGGGCAGCCUGACAACAGGAAGUGUAAACUAAAACCCAACAAAGUCUGCAGUCCUAGCCAGGGCCUGUGCUGUACUCCUGAGUGCUUCUAUAAGGGUCGUAAUGAGAAGUGUCGUGAAGAGUCUGAGUGUGCCCAUCAGGGCAUGUGUAACGGGGGUACGGCUCAGUGCCCCACCUCAGAACCCAAGGCCAACUUCACCGCCUGCCACGGAGAGACUCAAGUCUGCCUCAACGGGGGCUGCUCUGGCUCCAUCUGUGAGAAGUAUGGUCUGGAGGUCUGUACCUGUGCCAGCGUGGAGGGCAAGGACGAGACUGACGAGCUGUGCCACGUCUGCUGUAGCGAGAAGAUGAACCCCAACACCUGCAGCAGUACAGGCUCAGAGAAACUGGCCCGGUUCUUCAAUAAGAAAAUCACCACGCUGCCCGCGGGGUCUCCCUGCAACGACUUCAAGGGCUACUGUGACGUGUUCAUGAAGUGUCGGCUGGUGGACGCGGACGGCCCUCUGGCCAGACUGAAGAAGGCCAUCUUCAACCCUGAGCUCUAUGAAAACAUUGCAGAGUGGAUAGUGGCUCACUGGUGGGCAGUGCUGUUGAUGGGCAUCGCUCUGAUCAUGCUGAUGGCUGGCUUCAUUAAGAUCUGUAGUGUCCACACUCCCUCCAGCAACCCCAAACUGCCCCCACCCAAACCACUACCAGGCACGUUGAAGAGGAGGAGAGCCCAGCAGCACGCCAGGGAGGCCCAGGUGCACCAGUCCCAGUCCCACCACGGAGAUGUCAGUCACGGCCAGCACCACCCUGUCUCUGGGGGCCAGCGGCAGCAGCCCUCCCGCCAGCCCCAGCCCCAGAGGCACCACCGCAGCCAGGGCCAGCCCAGAGAAAACUACCAGAUGGGCCAGAUGAGACGCUGAGCUGCUGAGACACUGGGGUUCGGGGUGGGAACGCUGCUCCCGUCAUCGACUGCUCCUUGCCUUGCCUUGGCUCCUCCUUGUGCCUAUCUAUGUCACUGCUGGGAUUGAGAUUUGAACCCAUUUGUUGGUAUUUGAACCCAUGUCUCCAGGGUGAAAAUCCCACAUCUUAAUCAUUAAACCUAGAGGAUUGUCUUAGAUGUUUUAUGAUUUAGGAUAGAUGGAAUUGGGAAAGGGAAAGAAAAGGGAACAACACUUUUUUAGUUUUUACACACUUUUUUAGGAUGUCCUCUUUAUCUAAUGGUUACGGCGUUGUGUUGCCACGUGGGAGACCCGGAUUCAAAUCCCACCGGUUUACACCUAACAGUGGGAUACAACACGUGCUUCACUCCGCCCAAAGAACGGCCUAAACUGGUUGUUUACCAUCCCCAUACGUCAGACCCUCCAUCUACAAACAGACAAACAGGACGGAGUUGAGAGAGCUCAAAUAAAGACCUCUUCCAACGACCACCACUGGAGCUGCAGCACCUCUGACCUCUUCAAAUAAAGACCCCCUCCAACGACCACCUCUGACCUCUUAAAAUAAAGACCCCCUCCAACGACCACCACUGGAGCUGAAGACCUCUGACCUCUUCAAAUAAAGACCCCCUCCAACGACCACCACUGGAGCUGAAGACCUCUGACCUCUUCAGUCUUCAUCCAGCUGUUUUCUGGGGCUCUCGCUGUGAGAGUGAAAUCUGCCAUUUUAGUUGACCUUCCUCCAUUUUGUCAUUCUGUGGAGUGGAAGUGACCAUCAGCCAUUGCAUUCUUUUUCAUUUUUUAUUUUUAUGGAGUUCCAAGGAGUGGAGGAAUGGUUCCAUCACAUGUAGAUUUAGUCACGUGUUUUUUUUUCUUUCCAUUUGCAAAGUCCCUCCUGAGUGAGAACACACAUAUGUUCCAAGGCUCCUGGUUGGUUGAAAUGUUUUGUCAGCCAUCUUAGCCAGAAAUUAAAGAGAUUUGCUGGA